UGUCCAAAGGAGAUGCGUGAUGAAUUGACUUUGCGUGCUGCACAGAUCCUAGCUGCAUACCGUGAAAAAUGCAGCGAGCCCGCACCUAUGGGGCAACUUAUCUUGCCUGAAUUUGCAAAACUUCUUCCACUCCAUAUCAAUUGCAUUGUAAGGCAUGAUUCAUUAAAUGGAGGUGCGGAAUUAACAGUCGAUGAUCGCGCCUGGAUGAUGAGCUUAGUUCCCUCUAUGACUCCUCUAGCAAUCCAACAGUUCCUAUAUCCACGUAUCUACAUAAUCACUUCCCUCUGUUCUUCUGUUGGAAACAGCAGUGGCAGUACUGAAUCACUUAAAAACGAUAGUGGAUGUGUGACGAAAAUGCAAGGUUCUCCAGACUUCCCGGCGCCAAUUCGUGCAUCAUUUGACUAUUUCUCCCCAGAUGAGGCCUAUUUAAUUGAUAAUGGUUUGGUUGCUUUUAUAUGGGUUGGUUCUGGUGUGCCAAGUAGCUGGCUGAAAGACGUAUUCAACGUUUCCUCGAUUGCACAAUUGGACACAGAAAAGUUGCCUUUCUAUGACAAUGACUGUUCACAAGCGUUGCGUCACCUUUGGACACACUUAAAUGAAAACAGGGAGAGGGCACUGAAGUUAUUCAUCGUGAAGGAACAAGAUGCAUUAGAAUCGUGGAUGAAGAAAUUUUUGGUUGAGGAUCGAUAUGCGAAUAAUGCCCACUCUUAUGUAGACUUCCUUUGCCUAAUACACCGCGAGAUACGUUCCCUCAUCUCUUGA